AUGCUUUCCGAUUGCGUCGCCGGGCCGAUCCCCGAGUGCGACGCGCGCCUCAUCUUCCGCAGCCUCGUCAACACCAUCGUCGCCACCAGGGCCGCCGCAACCAGCACGGGGACGCCCGGGGGCGCGCGGGGAUGCGGCUUGAGUCGGAAUCGGAGCGGGCGGCGAGACGGCAGCGUGAAAUCGCCGAGUCUGCUGUUCGGAUCGUGUAACGAGCCGUGCUGCCGCCCUCUCUGCUUCUUCGCCCCCGAAAUGCUUCCCGCGCUGCCCUCACCGCCCUGCAUCGACACGGGCGCCCUCCCCGUUCACCCUCCCAUCCCCUCGGGGGCUGCUCCAUUCGCGCCGACGUCGGUUUCCCGGUUCGCCCCGCCGGCGGCCUCCGCGCUGGCGGCGGACGAGGCGGCGCUGGGCGCGCUGGAGGUGUGGAGUCUGGGCGUGCUGCUCUACUCGCUGCUUACCGGCCGGCAGCCAUUCCUCGGGCGCUCCAACCACGACACGCUGCGACGGAUUCGCGCCGCCCGGGUGCGGUUCCCCCUCACCGUGCGUGCGAUCAUGCUGUCUGGCGACGUCAAGCGACUCAUCUGCGAAAUGCUUGCGAUAGACCCUGCUUCGCGACCCACACUAAAGCAAGUGCUCGCACACCCGUGGCUCGCUUCCCCUCCCGUCCGAACCCGCACUCCCAACGCACCUGGCUUCCGUCCGCGAAGGCACCUCCUCGUAGCGCGAUCCUACCCACCCACUAGGCAAUGUGCACCAAGCAACACCACUAUGAGGAACGAGGAUCUCAAGUGA